CCCAGCACCACCUCGGGUCUCCAGGUGUCUGUAAUGAGCGUGAUGAGUGCUGAGCUCCUACAUUAGAGGAGCUUCAAUCAGCAGCCAGCCUUCACCCGACAGAGCUGCUGUAGAUGACCUGCUGUUCUGAGUCAAACAUGGUGUUGGGACUCUCUUUGAGGGCUCCGUUGAUCUGCCUGCUGAUAGGCACUGGUUGUACUUUCCCUGCACCAGAUUACAGGUAUCCCUACCCAGGUGGUGGACCUUCUUCUGGAUUAUCAAACCUUCAGUCUGAAGCUUUUCACUCUCCCUUGGUUUCCCUGAUGUAUGAAGAUGCCCCUGAACACGGUGGUUCUCCUCCUGGAAGCCAGUCUCCAAGUGGUCCGGUAGCUUCCCUUCCAGCUCGGCGUUCUGUACCCAUAUAUGAGCCAAAAAAGUUUGUUGUGACUUAUGAUUCCAGCUCAGAUGAGUCCAGUCCUCCUGAAGUUCAGUCUCCUGGCCCCUGGUUCAGCUCUCUGGGAGCUGUGAGGAAACCUCCCAGCGUCUCUGUGAACCCUCGGUCAGCUUUGAGAACCAGUGAACGCCCACAUGUGGUGUUUGGGUCCCGUCCGGUCUACGAGGCUUUAUUGCCCCCUCGUGGAGUCAGAUAUGCUGGUGGGAACUCUGCUUCCUACAGAUCAUCCCCAUUUAAUCCAGCAUUCGCGUGGGAUGAACGGUUUGCAGCGGGGCCUUCUGCCCUGUUCUACCUGGGAGGGUGGACACCUCGUCACCUCCCGGAUGCCAGCUCCUGGAACACUGACGAGGUGCCGGUGAGCAAGGCUGAGCUGCCGUACCUGCUGCCUGCAUCUUACAUCGUCCAAUCAAGAAACCGCUACCAGCGACCAGCAGAAGUCCUGUCGCACUCCAAAUACUCUGACGAUACCUUCAAGCACAUUCACCCCAGCAAGUCUCCAGAUCUGCCUCAAUCUGAGGGACCAAAAGUUCACUGAGGUGGAGGAUUCAUUAAAGCUCACACUGAGAACACGUUCAUGUCUUAUCAUUCAUCCAGAAUUCGUAUGACCUGUAAAAUGCUUCAGACUCUUAGACCGAUUGAUGUGAACCUCUGAGAUCACCCACAUAGGGACUGCAGGGUUUUUCACAUUCAUUCAUAAGGCGCAUGGUGGGCACAGUUUCUUGUCAUUUGAGCAGGCCGGUGAUGGUCCUAGUUUUCAGUCUUCAGUACCUUGGUUGAUGUGCUUAAUGAGUCUGUUUCUUUGGGCUGUCGGGGUCUCCGUGCCACGAGGACAGACUCAGCUGAGUUUGAAUACUACAGGCAGAAAUUAGACUCAUGGCUGCUUCUUGGGUUCAAAUAAAUGUGAUUGGUUUCCAUGACAAUGGAAGAGUAACGCUGAGCGAUGUUUAACCUGCUGCUCUGGGUUCAAAUCCAAAGAUUCACAAACUUCAGUUUCUUUAAAACAUUUAAUACAGUCAUGAGGUCAAACCUGUGUGAGGAGGGGAGCUCAUUUUAAAUGAGCGAUAAACACUUUUACGGUCUUUGUUUUGUCCAUCAGCUC